AUGCCCUCGCCGCCUCCGGAGCCGCUGCGCGGCAAUAAGGGCUCGACUAUCGUCGGCCCUCGUAACCCCGACCGCGAACGUCAAAACCCAGACAUGAUCUGCCCUCCGUCUACAGACUGGGGCACCGAGGGCGGUUGGGCGCGCGAGACGACCGUGCGCGAGCUCCCCAUGUCGCGCGAUUUGGCCGCAACCAAUAUGCGCCUGGAGGAAGGCGCUGUCCGCGACCUGCACUGGCACAACGACGCGGAAUGGUCAUACAUCAUCGAAGGUCGCGUACGAAUAACCGGUAUCGACUUCGGAGGCCACUACUUCGAGGAAGAUGUCGAAAAAGGUGACCUAUGGUUCUUCCCGGCCGGUGUGCCGCACUCGCUUCAAGGUCUUGAGGGCGGCUGCGAAUUCCUUCUGAUCUUCGAUGACGGCGAGUCGUCCGAGUACAAGGCUUUCCAAUUGAGUGACUGGUUCGCGCACACCCCGCGCGACAUCUUGCGCAAGAACUUCAAGGUGCCAGAGUCGACGCUCGAGAAGAUUCCGACGCGGGAGAAGUUUAUCUUCCGCUCGAUCCUGUCGAAGAAAAGCACGGCAGAGGAGAUGCCGGUAGGAAACAAGCCGACUGCACGCCGUAUGACGCACAAGAUGCUCGCACAGCAGCCGAUCAAGACGGCCGGCGGGGAGGUGCGCAUUACGGACAGCAGCAUCUGGAGCAUCACGACGAUCAGCGCUGCGCACGUUAUCAUUUACCCCCACGCAUUGCGCGAGAUGCAUUGGCACCCGUACGCAGACGAGUGGUCUAUGUUCCUCCGCGGCAAGGCCAAGGUGACGAUCUUCACGGUGCAAGCGACGCGGACGUUCAACUACCAAGCGGGCGACAUCAUGAUAGUCCCACGCAAUUGCGGGCACUACAUCGAGAACAUAGGCGACGAGCCGAUCGAGAUGCUCGAGAUCUUCAAGUCGCCCAAGUUCGAGGAGUUCUCGCUGAACCAGUGGCUUGCGGUGACGCCCGACUACAUCGUGAAAGAAUCUCUUAACGUUGGCGACGAGUUCAUCCGUGCGCUGGACAAGGGGCAUACACCCGUCCGCGAUGCGUCGGUGCCAUGA